AUGGAUCAGUUUUCUUCUGGAUUUCUAAUAACAGUGUUUCUGCUGCAGAGCGUCGCUUCCCUCUCUGAGGAAACAGCCUCUCUCCAUCAGGUGCUCUCAGACUUCGCUGUCGUUCGUCCAAUCAGGACGAACGCUGAGGGCCACUUCCUGUCUGCAUCAGUCUCCGCCAGAAGACACGCCCCCUCCACAGACGACACGCCCUUUGACGUUAACAACCACAGACAAACAGACACGCCCACUUCACACCAUGCCCCGCUCACAUAUGCCUCACCAUCCAAUCAGAGAGGCCGUGGAUGGAGGGGGCGGGGUCCCGGGGAGCAGGAGGCAGAGCUCUUCUACAACGUGACGGUGUUCGGCAGGAAUCUGCACCUGAGGCUGCGUCCGAACACCCGCCUGCUGGCCCCCGCCGCCACCAUGGAGUGGGAGGAGUCAGGGCGACAACACUCUCAGCCGAUAGAAGACGCCAACUGCUUCUACACGGGAGACGUGACCAACAUGGAGGACGCGUCCGUCGCCAUCAGCAACUGUGACGGGCUGGCCGGGAUGAUCCGGACGGGUGAGGAGGAGUUCUUCAUCGAGCCGCUGGAUCGAUGGAGGACAGGAAGAGCAGAAGAAGAGGAAGAGGAAGAGGAAGAGGAAGAAGAAGGAAGACGACACAUCGUUUAUCGCUCGUCGGCCAUCAUUAAGAAACAACCAGCUGUCAAUCAAACAGCUGAAGACUUCCUCCGAGGUCCUCUGUUAGGCUCUCUGAACCUCACACAGGACGUUUGGACCGGAUCCAGAUCCACUCGACACCGGCGCUACAUCGAAGAGGCCGAAGAGUUCAACAUCGAGGUUUUGUUAGCAGUGGAUUAUUCCGUUCUUCUCUUCCACGGUCGAGACCACAUUCAGAAAUAUCUCCUGACUCUCAUGAACAUAGUUAAUGAGAUCUAUCAGGAUCACUCUCUGGGCGCCAACAUCAACGUAGUGCUGGUCCGGAUCGUCAUGCUGUCUCCAUCCAAGUCUCAGCAGCUGAUCUCCGUGGGGAACCCUCAGAAGAGCCUGGAGAACGUGUGCGGCUGGUCCUACCUCCAGCAGAGAGAGCAGAGCCACGCCGAGCAGCACGACCACACCGUGUACCUGACCAGGCAGGAGUUCGGGCCCUCGGGCAUGCAGGGUUAUGCUCCAGUUAAAGGAAUGUGUCAGCUGCACCGGAGCUGUGUCCUCGUCCUCGAAGACGGAUUCUCCUCAGCCUUCGUCGCUGCUCAUGAAACGGGACACGUGCUGGGGAUGGAGCAUGACGGAGAGGCGAACGCCUGCGAGGACGACGUCCCGCUGGGCAGCAUCAUGUCCCCGAGGGUCCAGGCCACCUUCCACCGGUACCACUGGUCCCGCUGCAGCUGGAAGGAGCUGCACACCUACCUGAACACCUAUGACUGUCUCCGUGACGACCCGUUCCUCCACGAUUGGCCGGUGCAGCCUCAGUUGCCGGGGUUUCAGUACAGCCUGGACCAGCAGUGCCGCUUCGACUUCGGACCGGGGUACAGCCUCUGCACCGCGUACACCACCCUGGACCCCUGCAAGCAGCUGUGGUGCAGCGAGUACAGCAACCCGUUCUACUGUAAGACCAAGAAGGGCCCGGCGCUGCACGGCACCAAGUGUGGACCGGGGAAGCACUGUUUCCGGGGCCUCUGCAUGCGUCUGACCCCUGACCUCCUGAAACAAGAUGGCGGCUGGGGCCCCUGGACCCCGUUCGGCCCGUGCUCGCGGAGCUGCGGGGGGGGCGUGCGCUACAGGGCGCACUACUGCGACACCCCCGCGCCCAACAACGGGGGUCGACACUGCCCCGGGAACAGCUUUGAGUUCCAGGUGUGCCAGCGAGAGGACUGCCCCCCCCUCACAGACUACAGGGAGGAUCAGUGUAAAGCCUGGAACCCGUUCUUCGAACACGAAGGAAUCAAACAUCACUGGCUUCCUCAUCAACAUCCCGACCUGGAUGAGCGCUGCCGUCUGUCCUGCGUCUCCCAGGAGACGGCGGCGGUGGUUCUGAUGGGCCGCCAGGUGCAUGAUGGGACGCCGUGCUCCUACAGCGACCCACACAGCGUCUGCGUCCAAGGAGAGUGUGAGCAUGUGGGCUGUGACGGUCAGAUCGCCUCCGACCUGGAGGAGGACCGCUGUGGAGUCUGUGGAGGAGACAACUCCAGCUGCAAGAUCAUCAAGGGCAACUUCACCCGCAGCACCAGGAAGCCAGGAUACCUGAAGAUCCUGGAGAUCCCGAAAGGAGCCAGACACCUCCUGAUCCAGGAGUUCAGAGGGACUCCUCACAUCCUGGCGAUGACCAACACGGAGACCGGUCACCUCUUCCUGAACGCUGAGGCGGAGCUCCCUGAGUCCCGGGUGGUGAUUGAGAAGGGGGCGAUGUGGGAGUACAGCAACACUGAUGAGCAGGAGUCCAUCCAGACCACCGGACCCCUGAAGUACGGAGUCCUGGUCAUGGUUCGUUCCCACGGUGAGUCCAAGGUCACGGUUUCCUACAAAUACAUCAUCCCGGAUGGCCUCCAGUCCUCGCUGGAGUCCAACCUGCUGCAGGAGGACGCCAUCUUCUACGAGUGGGCACUGAAGAAGUGGUCUCAGUGCUCCAAGCCCUGUGGGGGAGGGAAGCAGUACACGAGGUUCGGCUGCAGGAGGAAAGCUGACGGGAAAAUGGUUCAAAGGACGUUCUGCUCCAACAUCAACAAACCGAGAGCCAUCAGCCGCACCUGCAACACGGAGACCUGCAGCUCGUUACGCUGGGUGACCGGGGAGUGGGAGGACUGCAGCGCCUCCUGUGGUCAGACGGGGUGGCAGCGCCGCUGGGUCGGCUGCCAGCAGGAGGCCAGCGCUGGGAAGCAGCCGCGCUCAGUGCACAGCACACUGUGUGGAGAGGACCGACCGGAGGGGAAGAGAACCUGCAACCGCACCCCCUGCCCCGCUGCCUGGAGGGCUGGACCCUGGACCCCGUGUUCAGUAUCCUGUGGAAACGGGACUCGGGAGCGUCAGGUUGUGUGUUCCAGUCCUGGAGGUUCAGCCCAAAACUGCAGCGACCCUCGACCAAUCACAACCCGCACCUGCCAGCCCCCUCCUUGUAGCGGAGACCAGAAGAACGCCAUCAUUCAGUGGCUGUCCAGGUCCAACCCAGCCUUCCCAGCUCCAAAGAUCUCCUCUAGACAGCGAUGCCGUGGUGACCGCUCAGUGUUUUGUCGGAUGGAGACGUUGAGCCGGUACUGCUCCAUCGCGGGAUACCGUCAGAUGUGCUGCAAGUCCUGCAGCGAGGGGAACCUCAGCAACUCCACCAACUCUGACAACUCCACCAAAUCCACCAACUCUGACAACUCCACCAAAUCCACGCACUCUGACAACUCCACCAACUCCUACAACUCCUACAACUCCAACAACUCCACCAACUCCUACAACUCCUACAACUCCACCAACUCCACCAACUCCUACAACUCCAACAACUCCACCAACUCCUACAACUCCUACAACUCCAACAACUCCACCAACUCUGACAACUCCACCAACUCCGACAACUCCACAAACUCCACCAACUCUGACAUCUUUACCAACAUCAACUUUAAAGACUCAAGCCACUUCAGCAGCACGUUCCCGUCGACCACCGACAGCAGUUUGUUUGGUUUAACCACGGAGACCAUGACUUCAGCGCCCACCUCUUCCUGGACGGACAGCAGCUUCUUCAACAGUAUGCCACCCCCCCGCUCUACUGAAACUCCACCCCCGACCAGUGGAAGCAGCACCGACUUUGUGUACGUUGACUACAGCGAUUACGACGAAUAUUCGUCCUACGAGGAACCUUCGAUUUCCUCUGAAGCUCCUGAUGUUAUUCCUACUACGACCAUUCCUACAACUACUACUACUACUACUACUACUACCAUUCCGACUAUGACUAUUCCUACUACUACUAUUCCUACUACUACCAUUCCGACUACGACCAUUCCUACUACGACCAUUCCUACUACUACUACUACUACUACUACUACUACAACCACUACUAGAACCACUACAAGGCGUCCAAGAAGAACUGCUCCACCACAUGUAUUCAGGAGGAAAACUACCACUACAAGGCGUCCAAGAAGAACUGCUCCACCACAUGUAUUCAGGAGGAAAACUACCACUACAAGGCGUCCAAGAAGAACUGCUCCACCACAUGUAUUCAGGAGGAAAACUACCACUACAAGGUGUCCUGCUACAACAGAGACAGCUAGAGGUCAAAGUCCGACCCCGGCUUUGUUCAGGACGUCCGCCACAAUAAUAACACCAGCUGUCAUCGUCGCCACAUCGUCUCCGAACAGGACAUCUGGAGGGAGGAUCCGUCAAACUGAAACCGAACCAACGUCAUCGCCGUCUUCCUUCUUCCCGCUGUCUUCUAAGAAGGAGAACAACUCGGUGGACGAGGUCCCGUAUCGGAUCGUGGGAUUGGACGGAGACCGGGCGCAGCAGAAUUACUUUGUGCUGCGGAUGCCGCCGGUCCGCGAGCGAACACAAAACAAACGAAUCCAGCAGCUUCUGAACGAGAAACGACGGAAAGAACUCCUGCGGCGGAACAGGGAGGGCCGGACUGACAGGAAACCCGUCGGAUUGUAAAAAACACUAAAUAUGUUUUAAUCUUCACUCGUGAUGACGCAUGUGCAGCUUGCUCACUUUCUGCUAACGCUAACGAACUCUCAACGAGAAACAGACUGCAGAACCCGCGAAGCUACCGGCUGUUGAUCUCUGGAGGAUCACCUUCAUCCUUCAUUAGUUCACAGUCAUGUUUAUAACUCAGCUGCCUUUGAAUAUAGAAUCAAACAUCUUGAAAGUCUUACCUGUAUAAACCCUUCAUUCUGCUUCUGGUGUCCAGAUGUUUGUACCAAAUCAUCCUGUCACUAAAUAAAGCAAAGCCUCUUCCA